GUUACUGACAUGCUGUUCAGACGGUUUGAAGGACACUCAUUGGUCCAGGCGUGCUUCUGCCGCCUGGGCUUUUGCACUACAUGGUACGUCUCGAAGCAGCAAAGAUGGGCCCAUACUACAUCGCAGUAUGCAAAUGGCGUAUUGCACUUCCGAAGACGCGGCCGUAUGCAGGUAAAAGUGGGCAAAGUGCCGUAUAGACUGAGGAACGCGGUAAGUAGCCGAGGAAGUAGACUGAUAGUAAGAAUGAGGUUGAGAAGCGGGAGAGGAACGAGAGGAGAUAUAAAGAGGCUAGACUUUGUCGUUUCGAAGUAGACACAAGUUUGGCUGCAGCAAGAAACAUCAUAUCCCCUUGUUAAGAGCAUACUUGAACGGACAAAGAAACGACAUGGCUUCCGAAGAACAGACCAUCGUUCUCAUCACCGGUGCAAACGGAGGGAUCGGAUUCGAGCUUGCCGCCCAACUCUUGCGCGAUAACAAGUACUAUAUCCUGCUCGGUAGCCGAUCCAUUGAAAAAGGCGAAGCCGCUGUGAAGCUUUUACAGGAAAGAGAGCUGCCUGGCAAGGUUGAGUUGUUGCAGAUAGACGUCAAUGACGAGAACAGCAUCAGUGAUGCUGGGAAGAUGGUAGAAGAGAAACACGGUCGCCUCGACGCCUUGAUCAACAACGCCGCCAUAACUGGUGAACCACCCACUUCAGCUUCUCUGGCCACACGUAUGACAGCCGCCUUCCUGACCAAUGUCACUGGUCCCGCCAUCAUUGUCGAGACUUUCGCGAAGUUGCUCGAGAAGAGUGAAAAGAUGGGUAGGACGCCACGAAUCAUCAACGUGACAAGUGGAGCUGGCAGUAUUGGGUUGAGAAGUGACAGGACCAAUCCGCAUCAGGAGAUGAAAGUCGUGCCAUACCGCACUUCCAAAGCGGCUUUGAACAUGCUUACUGCGUGCCAAGACUAUGAGUAUGGGCCCAAGGGAUGGAAGGUGUUUUGUUUCUGUCCUGGAUUCACCGAGAGUAAUUUAGGACCAAUGAAUAAAGUAGAGCAUGGGGCGAAGCCUACGAGUGAGGGUGCGAAGCCCAUGAUUGCUAUCCUGGAGGGGAGAAGGGAUGAGGAGCAUGGGGGCUACUUGAAGGCAGAGGGGUGCUGGCCUUGGUAGGUAGUGCUUGUGGGACUGUGAGCAUGGGCUCUGGAAUCUGCAUGCUGCUUGGAAGUGAGUGAGCAAUUAUGACAAUCGAAAGG